AUGGUCUGGUCCCCAGACGGCAACCGCGUUUGCGGCAUCCGAACGCCCGAAAUUCGGGGCACCCUCGGCCGUAUUCCCGUUCGAGCCCUCCCGGAUUGGGGCUCCGCAGUCAACGCCGUCUCUGAGGCAUUCGCGCGACGGCACAACCUUGAGAUCGACACCACCACCAGCGUCUGUUCGAUACCGCUGAUGGGUGGCAACGUCGCGCAUAGCAUCGGUCGUGUUACCGGCUGCUUCAAGUUCAAGGGAAGGGGCAGCAGCUCCCACCGAUGCGAGUUUCACGUGCUGCGCAAGAGCCUGCACGACGUGAUUCUGGGUCGCGCGUUUCUCGACGAGACGGAGACCCUCACGCUGUACAGUCACCGCAUUGUCCAAGUCGUCCGCCCGUGCCUCCGACGCGGCAAGCGCCUGUUCCUCCUGGACAAUGAGACGCCCAAGGCGGCACGCAUCCGCUGCGCUGUCAACGGCGCCAGCGCGUCCGCGUUUCCCGACACGGGUUCCGACCUCAUGCUCGUCUCCGGCGAUUUUGCUCGCCGCAACGGAUUCAAGGUUCAUCGUGGCAAGAAGUACAGGUCGCGGGUUGAGCUGAUUGACGGCUCGACGAUCCUCACGGACGGCAUGGUGCUGGACGCCAAGCUGCAGUUUGACGUGCCGCCGCUGCCGUCGCUGCACGAGGUAGACUAUGACGCCUACGGAAGCUUUUUGUCUGGCUUGUCGCACCUCACAGGGCGCGGGAGGAGAGCGUCGAGUAUGAUGACGUUCAUCUGCGACCUGCACGUCGUAGAAGACCUACCGUGCGACAUCAUCCUCAGCCACGACUUCAUUUUCCGAAACCAAGUCUUCUCCCGAUUCAACUCGCUAUUUCACUCAGGCCGCGACGAGACCCGCCAGAAGGACGCGGCGAGCGUGGACCGUUGCCUUAUGUUUGUGAGGAGCAAAAGCAGCAAGCUCUCGUGGUUCCGACGGCGCCGGCCGCGGCCACCCAGCGAGACACUCGACUUACCCCUUCGCAGCUCACCUUCGUGGGACGAUCUCUGGGAGCUGGAAGUUGCGCAGAGGAAUCGGAUGCAGCUGUGGAUAGCGUCGCUGUCGGAGCCUCAAAAAUCCGUAGAGGAGAGGAACGAGGCGCAGAGACGGGCCCUCUGGGACCGGGAGAAUCCGAGGCCACCGCCGACUCCGGCGCCGUCGUCGGAUCCGAGCCUAAGGCGGAUACCCGUCUCGCGACCUUCUCCAGCGGCCUCUCAAACCGGAGCAUCAUCAAUCACAGCAGCAGUCUCAGCAGUCUCUGGAUGA